AUGAAUGCAGAAACAUCCGUUCUCACAACAGUGUUGUUGGUGUUGGUGCAAUUGGUGACGCCGAUUCAAAGUGUUCUUGAUGCUGCAUGGUGGUCAUCUGUCGCUCAACUCUCGACAUCAUUGGCCGGCCACAAUGCUCCCAGGCCUGUCUGCAAACAGCUACAGGGUCUGUCACCAGGCCAGGCACAAGUCUGCGAGCUGUUUAAAGACCAUAUGCCUGCAGUAAGCGUAGGAGCCCAUAAUGCCAUUAAAGAGUGCCAACGUCAAUUCGCUGGACAUCGCUGGAACUGCUCAACGCAAUACGGAAGCGGCCAUCUGGGUCCGAUUCACAAGUUUGGAACAAAAGAAGCCGCAUUCACGUAUGCGAUUCUCUCUGCUGGAGUCACACACGAAGUCGGUAGAAGAUGUCGACAAGGUCUCAUUAAUUCAUGCGGUUGUUCCGACGAAUUGAAACCAAAGAAUGUGCCGAAUGAUUGGAGUUGGGGUGGAUGCGGAGAUAAUGUCGAGUAUGGAUGCAAGUUUUCAAAGGAUUUUAUUGAUAUUCGCGAGAAGGAGCAUGACCCGAAAAGAAGCAAUGAUCAUGGACGGAGCUUGAUGAAUCGAAGGAACAAUGAAGCCGGAAGGAAGCUGCUCAAGCGACAUCGAAAACCGAAAUGUAAAUGUCAUGGUGUGUCCGGAGCAUGCAAUAUGAAAACUUGUUGGAUGCAAUUGCCAUCGAUGGAUCAGGUCGGAAAGAUUCUUCGCAAUAAGUAUGAGAAAGCGAUUCGAGUGCAGAUCAAUGAUCGCGGAAAUCUUCAAUUGAUGCCUGACGAUUCAACAAAAGAAAGGAAGACGCGAGCAUUGCCAACCGAUUUGGUAUACAUGGAUGAUUCACCGGAUUACUGUAGAAAUGACAGAGCCGCUGGAACACUGGGAACUGAAGGAAGGAUAUGCAAAAGAGGAUCCCCUGGUGCUGACGGAUGUGACAGCCUCUGCUGCGGUCGAGGCUACAACACCUACACACAAGAAGUGAAGACAAAAUGUAACUGCAAGUUCGAAUGGUGCUGCAAAGUAGUGUGCCAGACUUGCAACAACGUCACACAGGUCGAUAUUUGCAAGUGA